CAGCGUUCGGACCUGGACCAAUUUCUAUACGAGACCACUAUAAACGCGACCGUCGACGAAACAACUCGACAGCUUGCGGAAGUAAACAAUCUGCGGCACCGCAUCGAGCGGCUAAAGGCGGAAGGCGAGGAGCUUGCAAAGUAUGGGCCUGCAAAGCGGCCUGACCAGCAGGGUAUUGAUCAGUACCAAGAAACAUCGGUGGAGAAAGGGCCCCACUACACAAUGGACCCCACGGGCCGGCGGACCGGCAACGCUUGCGACCCCGAGGUCGCCAAGGUGUUGAUCAAGACGUUGGAGGAGGCCGUGGCUGUAGCACACAAGGACCAGGUCAGCAAGAAGGUGCCGCUGACGGCGCGGACGCUGCAGGAAGCGAUUGACAACGUGCGCGGUGCCGUAAUGAUUUGCUACCCUAUGGGUCUUCCCGAGUGGGACCUAGUACGGCAGGGGAUCGAAGGCAAGGAAGAUCUGGCGGGAACAUCGUAUGCCGCGGACGACAUCCCGCUCGACCUGGCGACGCUGUGGUUCGCGGGCAAGCAGAUGCUGCCGGAGAAGAAGCUGAGCGAUUACCUGGGGCGCCACGAGAAGACGAAGGCGGUGGUAAAGCUGCAGAAGAAAGGGCAGGGGGCGCCAGCACGGGAGCCGGUUGUGGAUCAAGAUACUCAAAAGGCCAUGAUGGCCUGGUACUACAAGAAGCAGGAGGAGCAGAAGAAGCUGGUGGAAGACGACGACGACUCGUACACCAGCUCCUCCUGGGCCAACCCAAAUUCACUGAGGGCGCACUUUGCUGGAGUGCAGGCGGUGCGGCUACCCAAGUAA